AUGGUGGUUGUUUUGAUUGUAAAUAUCAAUGCAGUCAAGAUUGUUUAGUUUGUUAAAAAGGAAUAUCUCUAAAAAACUGUUCAAAAAUAUGAUUGUUUUCGAGAAUUAAUGUAAGUCAAUAUGCGCAUAAAUGAUGGUUGA